GUGCAAUGGUGCUGGCUCAAUCCUGAUUUAUCGCAGUACCCAGAUAGCGUUCAAAUUCUGAGGAUUCUGAUCGACAUCUCUACCUAUCGUCUUGAAUCAACGGAAUUAUCAAUAGUGCUAAUGACCCACAAAAUGAGCAAGGAGGAUGCGUCGCGCAUCCAGUCCGGACAGGCACGAGGUGGUCACGACAUGUCCUCCGGUGGGUUUGCUGCCAGAGCCCAAGCAGCCGCUAAUCGAAAUGCGAAUGUCGCAUCUCAGGCUCAGACCCAGUCAAAGCCUUCGGGCGCAGGGUACACACAAUCUUCUCAGCAUGGUGGAUUUAAAUCCUCGCAGGAUAAAAGAUAAGCUGCCAUGUAUGGACGUGACGGUGGAAGCUUUCUUGUUCAGUUGCCUGUUGGCAGUUGGGGUAUUCAGUUUGUUUGAUUUAUCUAGAUGUAUGUCCUAGUGACUGUUGAGGUCUUGUUAGUCCAUUAAUAGCUUUUGAAUAAUUUAUCUCGAAUAUAGA